UCCAGUACACAGUGCAGACUUACGUUUCAUAUGUGUCGGCAUUGUUAAAGAAAGAUACCUAUUCCAAUUACACUCCCCACAGAUUUUCGCGCGUUUCAAAAAAACAAAAACAAAAACAAAAAGAGUAAAUUUCAACGGAAUCUCAUCUCCAUCUGAACAGGCUACACAACAGGCAAAAUCCGAAUUCGAGAGAUAUGGCGUCAGUUGUGCACGAGAAUGUGAAGAGUUAUUAUGGCUCUCGCCUGCAAACUUCAUCGGAUUUACAGACCAACGCGACAUGUUCAAAGCCCGCUCGACCACUUCCAAAAAGCGCAGCUGAAGCCCUUAAACACGUCCAUCCUGAGGUGUGCAGUCGGUACUUUGGGUGUGGUCUGGUGAUCCCUGAGAAGUUGGAGGGCUGUAAGAUCCUGGAUUUGGGCAGUGGAUCUGGCAGAGACUGCUAUGUCCUCAGCAAACUAGUGGGGAAGGAUGGCCGUGUUACUGGCUUAGACAUGACUGAAGAAAUGAUUCUCAUCUCCCAGAAAUAUGUACAGUACCAUCAAGAAAAGUUUGGCUAUGAGGAACCAAACAUGGAGUUUGUUCAGGGAUACAUGGAAAGACUUAGGGACGCAGGCAUAGAGAGCAAUUCCUUGGAUGUCAUUGUGUCAAACUGUGUGAUAUGCUUGUGUCCUGACAAGAGAGCUGUACUGAAAGAAGCCUACCAAGCUCUCAAGGAAGGAGGAGAAUUUUACUUCAGUGACAUGUAUGCAAGCAAAGUUGUCCCAGAAUCUUUUAAAGAAGACCAAGUUUUGUGGGGUGAGGGAAUGGCUGGUGCCCUCUACUGGCAAGACCUGAUCUCUUUAACUAAGGAGAUUGGCUUCAGCACCCCAUGCUUAGUGUCCUCCAGUCGCAUCGUGGUGCAUAACCCUGAUCUCCAGAAAAAAACAGGAGACGUUCAGUAUGCGUCAGGAACAUACCGUUUCUUUAAAAUUCCCAGAGACUUGGUGAAGACUAGAGCUGUGGUCACAUACAGAGGGACUGUACUGGACUGUGCGGAGCAGCUGGAGUUCGAUGCCUCGCAUGUUUUUAAGACAGGUGCACCAGUGGAGGUAGAUGCAGAAAUGGCAGCCAUACUUCAGCUCAGCCGUUUCUCUGUAGACUUCUCAAUCCAAAAGUUAGAUACUCCGGAACACAAACAAGACCCUAAUCCCUCACAGUUUUGCCAUCUCAGCCCGUUCCUGCUGGCAGACAGACUGGGUUGCUCCAUCCAGCAGUGUUCCAAGACAGGGAAGACAGGAGACGGUGGAAAGGAUCCCAGCACAGUGUGUGACGGCAAAACAACCACAGGGGCCUGCAAACAAUGAGCAAAGACCUCUCCUUCAAACCUAAUGCCACUACAACAAAACAUGUUUUCUCUUUCGCUUCUCUUGUUGAUCAGAAUGAAAAAAUGCACCGUUUUCUUUUUAGGUGUGAGAACAUACAAAUAAGUCAAACAAGUCUUGCCGUUUUUUCAGUAUAAUUGAUGUAGUGUCCAAAUGUAAUUGUAUUAGAUCAGUUGGUUUUGACACUAACAUUUUAUUUUCUGUAAUUUAAAUACUGCCACAAAUUAAAAUGUAAUUGCAUUUUACAUUUGGAAUAAGAUUUAUACAGGUAUUUGAGAGUACUAUAAUGUGUUAAAACUAUUCUAAAAAUGUAGAAAAAUAAUGAGUCUUCUAACAUGAAAUCAUCCCCUUAUCACUUUUCACAUUAAAUGUUUUAGCA